AUGCAAGCUUCGAGAGACAAAAUAAACGAACUUCAAAUGAUUAUAAGUAAAAUGCCUAUAGAGGCGUGUUGUGUUACUGCUUUACCUGAGUUCGGAGUUAGAUGGAGAGAUAUAGCAAAGGCUGUAAGAAAUGCAAGAUUGCCAAUGACUCCAAAUAGCGUAGCAAAAAUCCUGUGCCGUCAUGUCGUCAAUACUUUGCCUAGUGAAGAAGUUUCAGAAAUAGUAGCUAGGUUAAGAUUAAAAUUAGAAGCAACUAGAAAAAGGACAUGGCACUUAAUCAAGCUAUCAGAACAAAUAUCAGAUGAACCCGUCAAUGUAUUAACAAGAGUACUGCCAUCAAGAGUGUUGCAAGCUGUAAGAAGUAUCAAAAGACAGAGCAAUAUGCAGCCAGAGGUGCACACAGUGAAACUUGGAGACUUAAUAUAUAUAAGUAUACAAAUGGUGUCGGCAACAGCCUGUGGGUCAGUUUUGUAUGUGGCUGCCGUACCAAGGGAACCUGUAGCUUUGGCUAGCACAGUUAAAGGCAGUUUGUUGGGGGCGUGUGUGCGAGGUCUUGGAUACAAUACGUUUGAAGACGCAAGUCUGCACGGACAGGACAUAUACUCUCUAUUACGUAUAUAUAACACAAAUCAUAAUGAACAGCCGGAUUUUUUUACAGAUGAACCCUCAUGUUCUAUAGUACCCUCAAUAACACGCAAUGGCAUAGACUAUACGUCCAGAGGUCAAAUAGAGAAAUGUGCAGAAGGAGUACUCGGGGCUGCUCCGCACUUGAACAAACUCACUGUCACAGCUGAAAGAGAUUUCUUUGAUCCGGACAUAUUAAAGAAGAAAAUGAAAGUGACAUUUCAACUAGAGAGUGAAGACAUAGCUCAAACAUUACUAUCGUGGGCUAAAAAAGGCGCAAUUUUACCGAAUUCUGAACUGUUUCAAAUAUUUCAUAAAAUUAAAUCAAAUAAAAUACACAUUGAAGACGAA